AUGUCUUGCGAAGCUUGUCGGACUAUCCCUCCCGUGGUCGCGACGGGAUACACUCCCAAGGGCCAAUUCGAGACCAUCGCUGGCCUCAACACUUAUGUCACCGGAAAUGCAGAUGCCCAAAUUGGCCUCGUAGACAUUUACGAUGUCUUUGGUAUGGCUAGCCAGACUAUUCAAGGCGCCGAUCUCCUCGCGGCAAGACUAAACGCCGUGGUCCUCAUCCCGGACUUUUUCGAUGGAGAGCCGCUCAAACAUGAAUACGUCCCCGCCGAUACCGAUGAGAAGAAACAGAUUAUUGCAGACUUCAUGGCUCACAAGGCUAAUAUCUCUCGCAAUGUUGAUGUGGUGAUCGAGGCUGUUAAGGAAUAUCAUACCCGAUUCUCGUCGGUUCGGAAAUGGGGCGCGUUUGGUUUGUGCUGGGGUGGAAAGGUGACUGUUUUGACAUCCGGACCUAAUACCCCGUUCGCUGCAUCGGGCCAAGUGCAUCCUGGUCGAAUGGAUGCGGCUGAUGCGCAAGCUCUGUCGAUUCCGCAUAUCGUGCUUGCCUCGAAAGACGAGCCUGCCGAUGCAAUUGCGGGCUAUGCGGACUUGUUUGCGAAGGAGAAGGAAGGAUAUAUUGAGACCUACUCUACCAUGUGGCAUGGAUGGAUGGGUGCUCGUGCUAACCUUGAGCAGGAAGAAAGCCAGGCUCAAUAUGCUCGUGGGUACAACCAGUUGGCUGACUUUUUUGAGAAGCACCUUUCUUGA